CGGGCGCGUCGCGUCUCUCCGCAGGCCCCGGCCGCGGCAUCCCCGAGUCCGGAGGUGAAGGUGCCAUGGAGCGGCCGGCGCCCCUGGCGGUGCUGCCUUUCUCGGACCCCGCGCACGCCCUGAGUCUGCUGCGCGGCCUGAGCCAGCUCCGCGCGGAGCGCAAGUUCCUGGACGUGACCCUGGAGGCGGCCGGCGGGCGCGACUUCCCAGCGCACCGCGCCGUGCUGGCGGCCGCCAGCCCCUACUUCCGCGCCAUGUUCGCUGGGCAGCUGCGCGAGAGCCGCGCGGAGCGGGUGCGCCUGCACGGCGUGCCACCCGACAUGCUGCAGCUGCUUCUGGACUUCAGCUACACGGGCCGCGUGGCGGUGAGUGGCGACAACGCCGAGCCGCUGCUGCGCGCCGCCGACCUGCUGCAGUUCCCGGCCGUGAAGGAAGCGUGCGGCGCCUUCCUGCAGCAGCAGCUCGACCUGGCCAACUGCCUGGACAUGCAGGACUUCGCGGAAGCCUUCAGCUGCGCGGGUCUGGCGAGCGCGGCGCAGCGCUUCAUCCUGCGCCACGUGGGCGAGCUGGGCGCAGAGCAGCUGGAGCGGCUGCCACUGGCGCGCCUGCUGCGCUACCUGCGCGACGACGGACUGUGCGUGCCCAAGGAGGAGGCGGCCUACCAGCUCGCGCUGCGCUGGGUGCGCGCUGAUCCACCGCGUCGCGCCGCGCACUGGCCGCAGCUGCUGGAGGCUGUACGCCUGCCCUUCGUGCGCCGCUUCUACCUGUUGGCGCACGUCGAGGCCGAGCCGCUGGUGGCGCGCUGCCCGCCCUGCCUGCGCCUGUUACGGGAGGCACGCGACUUCCAGGCGGCGCGCUAUGACCGCCACGACCGCGGGCCCUGUCCCCGCAUGCGCCCACGCCCCUCUACCGGCCUCGCCGAGAUCCUCGUGCUUGUGGGCGGCUGCGACCAGGACUGCGAUGAACUGGUUACGGUCGACUGCUAUAACCCGCAGACGGGCCAGUGGCGCUACCUGGCUGAGUUCCCCGAUCACCUGGGCGGGGGCUAUAGCAUUGUGGCUCUGGGCAAUGACAUCUACGUGACGGGUGGUUCUGAUGGCGCCCGGCUCUACGACUGUGUGUGGAGGUAUAACUCAAGCGUGAACGAGUGGACGGAGGUGGCGCCCAUGCUGAAGGCCCGGGAGUACCACAGCUCCUCUGUUCUGGAUGGGCUGCUGUACGUGGUGGCUGCAGAUAGCACAGAGCGCUAUGACCACACCACCGACUCCUGGGAGGCCCUGCAGCCCAUGACCUACCCCAUGGACAACUGCUCCACUACUGCCUGCCGCGGCCGCCUCUACGCCAUUGGCUCCCUGGCCGGCAAGGAGACCAUGGUGAUGCAGUGCUACCAUCCUGACACGGACCUGUGGUCACUGGUGGACUGUGGCCCCCUCCCACCCUGGUCCUUUGCACCCAAGACUGUGACUCUGAACGGACUCAUGUACUUCGUCAGGGAUGACUCUGCCGAGGUGGACGUGUACAACCCAGUGAAGAACGAAUGGGACAAGAUCCCGUCUAUGAAUCAGGUGCAUGUCGGGGGCAGCCUGGCUGUCCUGGGAGGGAAGCUGUAUGUGUCCGGGGGAUAUGACAACACUUUUGAACUCUCGGACGUGGUGGAAGCGUAUGACCCGGAGGCUCGGGCGUGGAGUGUGGUGGGCCGGCUCCCGGAGCCUACCUUCUGGCAUGGCAGCGUCAGCAUCUUCCGCCAGUUCAUGCCCCAGACGCCUUUGGGUGGGCGCGGCUUUGACCUGGACAGUGGCAGCAGUGAUGUGGAAGCAGGCCGACACCAGCCACCGCGGAACCCUGAAGAGCUGCACUAGCCCUGGCCUGGCCCAGGCGGGCCUUGGUGCGGGGAACCCUCCUUCACGCACAGCUCGGGUGGGCUCUCCAGGCAGAGCUCCGGCUCCUGAGCACUGGCUGAAGCCUGAACCCGUUGCCUGGAGGAUUUCUGGGCACUUGGAACCCAAGGCACAGCUGCUGGGGCCAAGGCCAGGCAUGGGUGCCUCUCCCUCGGUCCAGGAGAACCCCGCUGGCACGACUCCAGCCUGCCCAUGUGGUACACACCCCUUCUGCACCUGCCUCUCCCACCCUGGGAGCACAGGGCCAGGGGUCUUCCAUGCCUGCCUUCAGGCCCUCUCUGGGCCUGGAGCACUAGAGACCAGGCAGGCGAUGGUUGCAGUGGGGUCCCACACUCUGUGACCAGGUAGAGGGGGACCUACUGGGGUCUCACACCAAAGUGGAAGUGGGCUGCCUCCAGACGAGCACAGGGCCUAGGGACUGAGCCAGAGUAGUUCAGGGGGAUCCAGAUGAUACAGCUGUGGCAGAUGCUAGGCCUCUCUGCUCCACUGGCCUGUGUCAUGAUCCAGCACGAGACCUGCUUUCUGCAGGAAUGGAGCCACCCAGACUCCUGAUGAGCACCCAGGAAACCA